UGGAGCUAAACAAUGGAACCAGAUAUUAUUCGAAUGUACUCCUCAUCUCCUCCACCACUAGACAAUGGAGCUGAUGAUGAUGAUGAAGAUGAAUUUGGAGAAUUUGGAGGAUUUUCUGGUGUAAGCGCUGCUGGUGUAGCUUUUGCUGAUUUCGAUACGCCAGACUACAGUCAUCCAAAGGAGGAGUUUAUACCUACAAAUCAUUUCAUCCCACUUCAUGAUUAUUCUGACAAUGUAGCUAGCAUUGCAACUUUCACAUCGGUUAAAAAUGUUAAAGAUGGUGUUGCAGAGCUUCCUACUCUUACUAAGGAACUUUCUGAUAUGUCAGCUACUAGUGCCAGCAAAGAAAAAUCUAAGUUUAGAACUUCAGGUACUGCUUUAGAUGAUGUAAAUAAAAGAGGGGAACAAAGAGACAACACUGGGAAAUUGGAGGGUUUUUCUUCUUGUGUCGUUAGGACUGGGAUAGCAGUUGAGAGCCAGGAUGAGCAAAGAGAUGCUUGUAAUGGUGAGAAGCUUCCGUGUCUAGAGAUUCUAACAAACGGAUUUGCAGCGUCGGACCCUGUAAAUCCUCAGGGAACAGAAGAUCUAGACAACAUCAGUGACUCAAAGGGACUGAAAACUGUUAGCACCCAUAGUACUGAGCAAAAUUUGAACUCAAUGCCUAGCUCAGGUGAAGACUUUGCAGAUUUUGCUACGUUCUUAAACAAAAAACCAAUCCAUUUAGAAGGAACAGAACCUACAAUAUGCAGUGUUGUUAAUGAAAGAGACUCUCUGAGCAUUCAGGAGAACAACAGAAUAAACAGAGUAACUUGUACUGAAGAAGAGAUUUGCAUUUCAGAAAUUAGCUGUGAACAGGGUCCCUCAGCACUGGAAGAUAAUGAACUUGCAAUUUCUAGUACGUCUCGAACAACUGGAAGUUCAAUAUGCACUACUGAAAACGGAGGACACAGUGGGAGGAGAAGACAACGUAGCACAGAGAAUGGCAAAGAUUUUCCUAGACCUGAUGACUCUUUGGGAACAGAGGACAUCCAGGUUGAUAAGGUCCGAAGCCUAAGCAGUGAUCUGGAAGGAGAAAAACUGGGUGAAUCUGAAGGUUUUAAGAAUGGUGGGAGUAGUACUGAAGUUGUAGUUUGCAGUGACACACGUGAUGAUGACUUUGGUGAUUUUGGUUCAGUCAACAGUGCAUCUCCCACCUUCACUAAUGCUCAAGGAUCGAUAACUGCUCUAGAUUUAGAAGGAAUGUCAGAACAACCCACACAUAUUAGCGAAGCCUGUGAUGAAUUUGGUGAAUUCAGGGACACAAGUACUGUUUCUCAGCAGUCAGCAAGGUUGGAUCAAGCUGAGCUAAAUCAGACUGCUGACACUUUAGAAUGUGAUACUACCAGUAAAACUUCAGGCUUAGACUUCCAGCGUACUACUGAGGUAGAAAAUGGUGAUGAUAGUGAAUUUGGAGACUUUGAUUCAGUGCCAAAACCUCAAGAUGAGAGUGUUGCUUUUCAGGACUCUGACGACUUUGCGGAUUUCAGUUCAGUUUUUGGUUGUAACCAGGCUACAGACUGGAAUGCUUUUGGAGAUGAACAAAAAGACAGCUGUUCUUGGGCUGCCUUUGGAGAUGAGCAAGCUGGUGAAUCUCAUCACAGAAAAGAGACGUGGCAGUCACAUAGGACAGAUGCAUCUGCCAGGGUUGAUGGUCCAGUGUUACACAAGACUGACAGUUCUGCUUUAGCAUCUUUCCAAGGAACUACCAGUAAGCAAUCUCAAGAGACAGCACCUUCAGUUCAG